CAGGAUUUCAACAUGGAUACAGCCAGCGACUCUAUCGGGGAAAGUAAGCCGGUGUGUCAGUGUGCUCCCAAGUCCGCGGUCCAGCGGUGGCUUCCAGGGUUUCUCAUCGCUCUGUGCUUGCUGAUGUCCCUGAGCUCCAUCACCGUGUGUCUUCUGAUGGGCUUCAAGACCUUCAUGCUGGAGAACCGCUUGCAGAUGGAGAUGGACAAAGCGUCCGUCUUCCACCCGCCGCACACCGCUUGUCUAAACGAGGAUGGGACUCUAAUUCCAGAGCUGAGCUCUUCAAUAGGGAGGCUCGUUGAAGAGAAAGUGGUGGUGCUGAUGCCAAAAUUGCGGACAACUAGGGAUGUUGGCCAAGAGUGCUCCUGUCCUCCAGGGCCUCCUGGAAAGCGUGGAAGGAUGGGAAGAAGGGGGGAACCUGGUAAGUGACGCUCGCCACCUGGCAAGGCUGGACGGGAUGGAUACCCGGGUCCUCUUGGCUUGGAUGGGAAACCAGGUGUUCCAGGUCCCAAGGGAAGCCAGGGACCAGCCGGACCCAAGGGAGAAAAGGGUGACCAAGGAGACGUUGGUGCAAGAAUGGUCUUUCCCAGAUAUGACCAUGGCUUUCUCUCUGGAGAGCAGUCCGGUAGUUUUCAGAGACGCUUUCUGAAGGGUGACCAAGGCCAGGCUGGACCUGCUGGUCCUCCUGGUCCUCCAGGUCCCCCAGGUCCCAGAGGCCCCCCUGGGAACACAGGCAAGGACGGGCCACGUGGCCCUGCUGGCGAGUCGGGGUUUCCAGGUCGUGAUGGCGUUGAGGGGCCACAAGGAUUGCCUGGGAAGCCGGGAGUAGAUGGUGAGUCCGGCUAUCCGGGACCACAGGGUCCUCCAGGACCAAAGGGCGAGUCUGGUAUCGGAGGAAAAGGAGAGAGGGGCAUGGAUGGACUCCCGGGAUUGAAGGGAGACAAGGGGGAAAUAGGAGAGCAAGGACAACAGGGAGCCAUGGGUUUUUCUGGUGAAAAAGGCGCAACGGGCUCCUCAGACAUCAUCGACUUCAACGGGAAGCUUCUAGAUGCUUUCCAGGCCAUCGACACCAUCAGUGUUUCGGGUCCACCUGGACCACCUGGACCGCCCGGCCCUUCAGGGGAAAAGGGUGAGCUUGGUUUACCUGGGCCAGCAGGAAUCGAUGGGGAGAAGGGACUUAAUGGGGACACGGGUGAGACAGGACCCCCUGGUGAGAGAGGAGGGAAGGGAGAGAUGGGGCUCUCUGGGCCUGCUGGUAUGGAUGGAUACAAAGGAGAGAAAGGCGACUGCAGAAUGGAAGACAACCUGGUUCAGAUGAUUUCGCAGCCAGGCCCACCUGGACCACCAGGGGUCCCCGGGUCGCCUGGAUCUAUGGGGCUGCAUGGUAUGCCUGGUCCUAAGGGUGAGCCUGGAUUCGGGAUGAAGGGAGAUAAAGGGGACUCUGGUGCUCCUGGAUCCAGAGGAUUAGACGGUCUCCAGGGCACAACUGGGCCUGCAGGGUUAGUAGGUCUUCCAGGUGCGAAGGGAGAAAAAGGCAAACAUGGGGACCCUGGACUAGACGGUUUCCCGGGUCUGAUGGGAGGGAAAGGUGAACGAGGGGAAAGAGGAGACAAGGGUGACCGGGGAUCAGUGGGAAAGAGGGGUCUAAAGGGCCAGAAGGGAGAGCAGGGUCCUCCAGGCCUGGACCAGCCCUGUCCUGUGGGUUUCAAUGAGAGUAAAGAUGUGUCUAAGGAGGCAAGGCUUUCUUCUCCUCCAUCUCCUCUUCUUCCUCCUUCCGGCCCUGAGGCCCCCUGUCCUGUGGGACAGGAUGGACUGCCCAUACCAGGCUGCUGGCACAAGGGACAUUUUGAGGAAAUGGCGAGACAGAAGCUCAAACGCAAGCGUCUCUCUCAGCCCUGAAUGGGUGUGGGGCCUGGUGGACAAAGGACACAUAAACAGGCAGAGAGCACAAGGGGCAGAUUGGCCUUUUAUGAAGAAGACUGAGCCAUGUAAUGCCUCAGUGACAUAAUAAACCCUCAGAUCCUCCGUCAUGGAAACUCUCCAGUAAGGGGGGCGACGGAGAACCCUGCAUUUCCACACUCACCUGAGAAGUAAAGACACACCUGUGGCUGAUGAUGUUGCACAAUAGCUUCAUAACCAGUCGAAGUUAUUUGGGAGUCACUGAUGUCACUGGCACAUAAGGAAGGAUAUACUGCACAGAUACUUUGAACAAGUUGUGGGGAUCUCUUGUAUGGCUCUUUCGUAAAGGCUUUCACUAGUUAAAUACAUGAUCAUAACAAAGCACGGUGGUGUUUAGCAUCCCGACAGCUGUAUCACUUCCUCACUGAAAGCUCAAAUUAAAGUAGAUUCCUUUGCAUUUACAAUAAGCAGUUUUAAUAGUCUUUCCAUUUGAACAAGCCACUCAGAAAAGUCAGUAAGUCUACCUUUUUAAGACUUGCACUUGUGGCAGUGGUGACAUGUUUUCUUUUGUUAUAUUAUUACCAGUUUUUGUCCAGUUACAGUUUGCAUUCCUGUGCAUUGACAUGUUUGUGGAAUAUAUAGAUUGUGAAACUUCAAGGCCAGAUUUGAAGCAACUAUUUACAGUAUUAGUAAUAAACCAGUGUUUUUUUCUUGCCUUGACAAAUCAUUGCCAGUCAAAUAUUUUCUAUAAUGUUGCUGCAUUUUAACUGAUUAUUAUCCUUUAAUCACUGAUGAAGACAUGUUUAAUUUACUGUUGCCAAUUUGCUCUGGACAGUGUAAGUUCUUGCUGCUGACUUAAACUUGUGUUGUUUGUUUGAUAUUGUUUAAUCAAUAUAAUUAUUUGAAUUGAAGGACUAACAGAUUACAAUAUGAAAUUUGAAUCAAAUGUAUACACAACCAUUGUUUUUGGGGUAAUCUUUUUUUUCAGCAGUACACCUCUGGACAAUGGUUUAUAACUGUCAGUUAUUUUUGCAUUUUGAGUGUGUGAUUUUUUUCAAUUAUCACAAAAACCUUUUAAGUCUUUACUAUCAAAUGACUUUUACUGGUGUGUUUUGGUCUUUCGAAUACAUUUUUCUCAGAUGGAAUAAUUCCAUGGUGCUUAUAUACUUUAAUGUACACAUUUUAAAGCUAUACUCUGCAUAUGCAAAAACACACACAUGUCCACAAUAACACAUGUAUCAUUGUUUAAAGGAAUGUUGAACAUAAAUGAAACUUGGGUUUACUAAUGUACUAAUAUCAAAUAUUUGGCUACAUAUAUACAGGACAGAGAUUCAUGGAAUCAAUAUUUGGUCCUCUUUACAUGGACAGAAAUACAUACACCUGAAUGGAAAAUUCUGGUUAAGUUUCUUAGAGGAUGUCUGUAUAAUCUAAAUAGAUAUUAGUUGAACUUUUUGAUACAAUAUGAAUAGCAUUAAGCAAUAUAUUCUGGUCAAUCGCUGGGCAUGACUGAGGAUCAAUCAUUUACAACAUCAGAAUGUUGUUUAUUUAUUUUGAUGAUCUAUAUUCAACAUGGACAUACAGGCUGCUAAACAUAGCUAAUUCCAAUUAUAGUAGGAUUGUACACAAUAUCUUCAAAUUAAUCGGAGGAAUACAAAUAUACAUUUAUAUGGAUAUAUGUUAUUCCAAUGAGGUACUCGUACCAGAAGGAUAACAGUGUUGGUUCAUAGUUUCUACUGAAUCCAGAAAACACACAGGACAUUAGUUAUGCUGACUAAUGGUGUCAAUUUGUAAAUAAACAUAUCCACUGGCUCAUAUUACGUCCCAAUGAUAGAGACCAGAUAUCAGUACAAUGUGGAAUUACUGACAUCACUCAAUUUAUUUCCAUAUCAGUGGGAUAAAUAUGAUGAACAGUGCUGCAUCGCUCAUUUAUACAGUUAAAGGUAUUCUAUAGACCUUUUCUAUUAAAAACCAAACAUGUAAAGGAGUUGCAUUUCAUUAAGAUACAAUAGAAUAGCUGGCAUACAAACUUUAUUUGAAAAUCAUUCAAAAAAGGUUUGUUGAAUGAGAAGUAACUGAAAGCAUAAUUUCACUGGAAGCUGAUGGUUAUCUGCCACUUAACAUUAUCAUAUGUGUUUAUUUCUUUUGCAGAUUCUAUCAAUUUUAGUUGUACGGCGUAAUGGAGUCAGUAAAUGGCACAGUGUCUGAAUACAGUUGUGUGUUUUAGUCAUACUCAGUAUCACAGUACUAGAUUGAUUUUGUGAGAAUUACUUUGGUUGUGUAUUUGGUUGUAAAGGAAUGAAGCUAUUUUUGUAAUUACUUGUCUAAAAAUGUAAAACAUGA